GUGACAAGCUACGGUCAUGUACGGAUUACAUCUUCUGAGCCCACCGACUUUAUCGAUAAGCUUAUCCGCUUAUCGCCUUCCCCAGCGCCCAAAAAAAACUUGGAAGAAUUGGAUGCGUGGUUGAGAGGCGUCUGUGUCGCGGCCGGAACUUGCAGCAUCGAGUUCGACGCACCCGAAGGAAACUUAGGAUGGAGGCGCAAACACACAAGCCACACCGGGCGUCCAAGAAGUCAAAGGAGAAAAAUUCUCAACAUUCGGGAGGUCAAAAUCCGAAGGCGUUCGCAGUCUCCAACCCCGGCAAGCUCGCGAGGCAAGCAGCCCGCUCCCACGAUAUCAAAGAGAAGCGCCUUCACGUCCCUCUCGUCGAUCGCCUUCCCGAUGAACCACCACCGCGCCUUGUCACCAUUGUCGGCCCGCCGGGAGUGGGAAAGACGACCUUGCUCAAAUCCCUGAUUCGCCGAUAUGCCAAAGAAACCAUCUCGGACCCCGUGGGUCCGAUCACGGUCGUCACGUCGAAAAAGCAGCGGCUGACCUUCAUCGAAUGCCCAAACGAGCUGGAAGCGAUGAUCGACAUUGCCAAGGUGGCAGAUAUUGUUCUGCUAAUGAUCGACGGGAACUACGGGUUUGAGAUGGAGACAAUGGAAUUUCUCAAUAUCCUCGCUGCCACUGGUAUGCCGGGCAAUGUGUUCGGUAUCCUCACGCACCUGGACUUGUUCAGAAAGCCCCAGGCGCUCAAGGAUGCCAAGAAGAGGCUAAAACACAGGUUAUGGAGCGAGCUCUACCAGGGCGCUCAUCUGUUCUACCUGUCCGGCGUCUUAAACGGCCGCUAUCCCGACCGCGAAAUCCACAACCUCUCUCGCUUUCUCUCCGUCAUGAAGAACCCUCGCCCGCUCGUCUGGAGAAAUUCGCAUCCGUACACCGUCAUUGACAACUACCGAGACAUCACCCACCCAACGAAGGUCGAGGAGGACGAACACUGUGAUCGAUCGAUCGAGCUGUCGGGCUAUCUUCGCGGCACCAACUUUGCUGCCCAAGGGCAAAGGGUACACAUCGCGGGUCUGGGUGAUUUCACAAUAUCCGGCAUGGAAGUCUUGCCCGACCCGUGUCCCACGCCCGCCAUGGAGCAGGCACUGGCCAAAAUCACGGGAAAGACGGGAAGGCGGCGCCUCGACGAGAAGGACAAGAAGCUGUGGGCGCCCAUGGCCGACCGGAGCGGCAUGAAAAUUACGGGCGACCACAUCGUCAUCACCAGAGAGAAGGGCUUCGCGUUCGACAAGGCUGCCGAAGGCGUCGAGCGUGGCGAGGGCGAGCAGCUCAUUGUCGACCUGCAAGGAGAGAGGAGACUGCUCGGCCAGACCGAUAAAGGGGUAAAGCUCUUCGCCAGCGGCGAACAGAUUUCGGAGAUACAUGAGGAAGCCGAUACAGGGAGGAAAUCACAAAGAAAGGCGCGCUUCAUUGAGCGGGACGGCUCGGAUGACGAUGGGGGUAUGCCCGAAGACGAAGGAUUUGUAAGCGGGGAGGAGGAGGAGGGAGAGGGAUCGGACGUCGAGGCCGAGUUUGACGAGAAGAAGUUGGGCAAGAUGUUCCGGAACCGAGAGGAUAAGGAGGAAGGGGAUGAUAUCGCUUUUGCCGACAGCGAUUCUGACCUGGGCUCAUUGUCCGGGGAGGAGGACUUGGCCAGUGACCUUGACGAAGACCAGGAGGACGAAGACUUCGAUUCAGACGAGGAAGGGGCAGCCGUUAGGUGGAAAAACAACAUGACGGAGCGAGCGAAGGCACUGCAUGGGAAGAGACGGCCAUAUCGGGCGGUGGACCUUGCCAGGUUCAUGUACGAUACCACGCUGACGCCCAAGGCAGCUCUGCAGAAAUGGAGGGGCGAGGACGAAGAGGAGACAGAAGAGGAUAUUGAGGAAGACGAAGAUACCUUCUUCAGGAGAACCGGCAAAGAGGAAAAAGAAGAUUUGGCCGAGGACCGUCCGAUACCCCAGUUCGACUACGAGGAGCUGGCUGCCAGGUGGUCAAAUCAGGACGCCGUCGAAGCCCUGAGAAGCCGGUUUGCCACAGCCAACUUGCUUGAUGGAGAGGACGCGAAUGAAGAAUUUGGCAACGAUGACGAAGAGGGAUUCGGGGACGAAGACGAGAACGAUGAGGGUGACGGCGCCUUCGAGGACCUCGAAACCGGAGAAACGCACGGUCCAGAGGACAAGAGCGACGAGCAGCAGGAGGUGAGCCUCGAGGCGGAACGAGAAAAGAAUGCGCGCCGCAAAGAAGAACUCAAGCUUCGAUUUGAGGAAGAGGAUCGCGAGGGGUUCAAGAACGACAAAGCCGCGGCGAGGAGAGAAGGCGGGAACGAAGAGUUUGGAGAGGAUGAGUGGUACGACGCGCAGAAAGCCAUGCUCCAAAAGCAGCUCGAAAUCAACAAGGCCGAGUUCGAGGAGCUCGACGAAAGCCAGCGGACCUCGGUUGAAGGUUAUCGUGCGGGCAAGUACGCUAAGAUGGUUAUCGAGGGCGUCCCGGCCGAGUUCGUCAGAAACUUCCAAGCUCGGCUGCCCAUCGUGGUAGGUGGCCUGUCGGCUACUGAGGACCGGUUUGGGUUUGUUCAGGUCAGGAUUAAGCGGCAUCGGUGGCAUAAGAAGAUCCUCAAGACGGGCGAUCCCCUGAUCUUCUCGCUCGGCUGGCGGAGGUUCCAGUCUCUUCCCAUAUACUCCAUCUCGGAUUCCCGGACGAGAAACAGGAUGCUGAAGUACACACCAGAGCACAUGCACUGCUUCGGGACCUUUUACGGGCCGCUGAUCGCGCCCAACACGGGCUUCGUGUGCUUCCAAUCCUUCUCAGCCUCCAACCCGGGGUUCCGGAUUGCCGCGACCGGCACGGUCUUGAGCGUCGACGAGUCUACUGAAAUUGUGAAGAAGCUCAAACUUACCGGCACGCCGUACAAGAUCUUUAAGAACACGGCCUUCAUCAAGGACAUGUUCAACUCGGCGCUGGAGAUAGCCAAGUUCGAGGGCGCCGCCAUCAAGACGGUGUCGGGCAUCCGCGGGCAAAUCAAGCGAGCGCUCGCUAAGCCAGACGGGCACUUCCGUGCGACGUUUGAGGACAAGAUCUUGCUCAGCGACAUUGUCUUUUUGCGGGCGUGGUACCCGAUCAAGCCGCACCGCUUCUACAACCCGGCGACCAACCUGAUCGGGUGGCAGAGCAUGCGGCUAACGGGCGAGAUUCGGCGCGAUGAGAACAUCGACACCCCGCAGCAGCGAAACAGCCAGUACCGCAAGAUCGAGCGCCAGGAGCGCCACUUCAACCCGCUGCGCGUGCCCAAGAACCUAGCGGCGUCCCUGCCGUUCAAGUCGCAAAUUGUGGCGACCAAACCACAAAAGAAGGAAACGUACAUGCAGAAGCGGGCCGUCGUGGUGCGCGGCGAAGAGAAGAAGGCGAGGGAUCUCUUGCAAAAGCUUACGACAAUUCGAAAGGAGCAGGCUGCGAAGCGAAGGGCUAAGAAGGAGGAGAAGAGGCAGGAGUAUCAGAAGAAGAUCGCCGAGAUUGAGGAGCGGUUGGAGAGUAAGGAGAAGAGGGAGAAGAAGGCGUUUUGGGAGAGAGAGGGGAGGAAGAGGAAGCCUGGGGAUGUGGGCGGCGGUGGGGGGAAGAGGAGGAAGUAG